CAACUUGACAUCGCAGCCACUCUUUCAACCUUUCACGAUGGAUCCGAAUCGGCCGGCCGAGCUGAGCUGGCGCUUAAGCUCACACCCUAUUACACUCCUGUGUUUCCUGGCUUUUCGAAUGUCAAGUCUCCUGGUCUACCUAUUCGGGCUUCUCUUCACUGGCAAUUUUGUUCUCAUCUUCAUCAUCACGAUUCUCCUCCUCGCAGUCGACUUCUAUUACUUGAAGAACAUCGCCGGCCGCCGCCUAGUGGGACUACGAUGGUGGAACGAAGUUAAUCCGCAGACUGGAGACUCGCAUUGGGUGUUCGAGAGCUCCGACCCCUCGACCAAAACCAUCAAUGCGACGGAUAGCCGCUUCUUCUGGCUCGCUCUAUAUGCGCAGCCGCUGCUCUGGGUAGGGUUAGCGAUCGUGGCUAUUUUCAGAUUCGAGUUCAUUUGGUUGACACUUGUUGUUAUCGCGCUGAGUCUGACGGUCACGAACACCCUUGCGUUUUCGAGGUGUGAUAAGUUCAGUCAGGCUUCAAAUCUGGCUGGUUCAGCGCUGUCUGGUGGAGGACUUGCUGGUAAUGUGGUUACCGGUAUGCUUUCGAGACUUUUCGCCCGGGGUUGAAACAUGGCGGGGUGUAGGGAAUAUGGAAUAUGACCUAGGUCAGUGUAUGAUAUCAUGUGGAGUUGCUAUGAAAAAGCAGGACUUUAUAAACUUUAUUGGGAGUUGGCCGGUUAUUCAUCGCAAUGAAACAGAUCUAGCAAUCGUGCGGCUCUUCUCUUUGGAAACUGGUCGCUGGGAGAUGAAAGUGAGAAAAUCCUGGAAUCAAACACUAUUGAGCAAGUAUGCCCUCUGAGACCCGCUUCAAGUGCUGCGGCAGUACGGUUUUCGGUGUUGAGUCUUGUGAGUUGCCGCAGGGGUUGUUGAUAUCUACUAGGUAGAAUUAUCCAC